CUCUCUCUAUAUAUAUAUAUGCACUGAUACACAUAUACAUAUAUAUACUUAUUGUCGUUACAUAUCGAUUUCAAUCUUCAAUAAUGGCCGAAGAACCAGUACAAGAAUCUUCGACUUCGAAUGCAGCACCGUUGGGUCACUUGGUGAUCCCAAUGGCGAACAGGCUGCAGGACAUCUUCGCACAGAUCGGAAGCCAGUCGACGCUCGAGCUACCUCAGGUGGCCGUCGUCGGGAGCCAAAGCAGCGGCAAAUCGAGCGUUUUGGAGGCUUUGGUUGGCCGUGACUUUUUGCCGAGGGGUUCGGAUAUUUGUACUAGGAGGCCCUUAGUUUUGCAGCUCCUCCAGACGAAGAGAAAGGCAGAUGGGGCUGAGGAGGAGUAUGGAGAGUUCUUGCAUCUUCCGGGAAAGAGGUUUUCUGAUUUCAGUGAUAUUCGGAGGGAAAUUCAGGUAUUUUUUGAUUUGCUGCUUGUAGCUGCUAUUAUGAAAACGGCAACUGUUCCUAGCACCAUGGCAAACCCCACAGUGCCCUUGCUGCCCUAG